AGCAAAGCGGGACGCGUUCUUAAGAGUAUGAGACCAAUAUUGGGAAGACCUGGGAACGUGUGUAUCGGCCUAGAGGAUUCUGAGAUACAGAUCUUCCUGUGUGACUGAAACUUUCUGGGGACGGUCUGAACUGAAAAGUCAUCUGAAGAAAGGAAAGACCUUCGAAUGGGUAAAAAGGUAAAAAAGGAAGUUGAGCCUCCUCCAAAGGAUGUGGCGCCUUGGAAAAUAGCUUGACUCCUUCUUCUUUGUGGCAGCCCCUCACUUUAUCUGCAGAUAUUUAUUAGGAAUUUCCUCACCUUGUCUUUUGAUCCUUUGUCAGUUGAAAGCAAAAAAGCUGCAACAGUGGUACUGAUGCUCAAUUCCCCUGAAGAGGAAGUGCUAUAUAAAGCAUGUGAAGCUCUGUAUAAAUUUGCAUUAAAAGGUGAAGAAAAUAAGCUGACACUUCUUGAACUUGGAGCAUUAGAACCUUUAUUUAAAUUAGUUAUACAUGAAGAUCCCACUGUUCGCAGAAAUGCUACCAUGGUAGUUGGAAUCAUGGCAUCUCAUAAUGAUGUGAAGAAAUCACUACGGCAGCUUGAUGUCACAAGUGCAUUUAUAGCUCGUCUGGCACCAGAAGGUAACUUGCAGCAUCUUUUUGAAGAGGUUGUCAUCCAUGAGUUCGCUAGCCUUUGUCUCGUACAUAUGUCAGUUGAUUAUAAUAGUAAAGUACAAAUAUUUGAGCAAGGUGGACUAGAGCCUCUUAUCCGACUGCUAGGAAGUCCUGAUCCUGAUGUUAAGAAGAAUUGUGUGGAAUGCAUCUAUAAUCUAGUGCAGGAUUUUCAGAGUCGUGCUGCAAUACGCGAAUUAAAUGUAAUUCCUCCUUUGUUGGAACUUCUGAAAUCUGACUACCCAGUUAUUCAGUUGUUAGCACUCAAAACUUUAGGUGUCAUUACCAUUGACAGAGAAACAAGAGUGAUGCUAAGAGAAAAUCAAGGAUUAGAUCAUCUUUUCAAGAUACUGGAAACUAAGGAAUUUAAUGAUCUACAUGUAGAAGCUCUUGGAGUUGUGGCAAAUUGUCUUGAGGAUGUGGAUACUAUGCAACUGAUCCAGGAGACAGGGGGUCUCAGAAAGCUACUGGCCUUUACUGAAGUUUCCACUCUAACUGAUUUUCAGAAGAACGCCGCAAAAGCUAUUGCUAAAGCAGCCGCUGAUCCUGAAAACAGAAAAAUCCUGAAUGAACAAGAAGUUGAAAAAUGUCUUGUCACCCUUUUGGGAACGGAUAAUGAAGGAACAAAAAUAGCUGCUUCUCAAGCCAUAUCUGCUAUGUGUGAGAAUUUAGCUAGUAAACAAACCAUUGGAGCUCUAGGAAUUCCCCAGCUCGUUCAGUUGCUAAGCAGCGAAAAUGAAGAGGUAAAAGAAGCUGCUGCUACAGCUCUGGUUAAUCUAACAACUGCCCAUCUUGCCAAUGUAAGUGCUGUUGCUGAAGCUGAAGCCAUCGAACCGCUAAUUAGUGUUCUGAGCUGCAAAAGAGAUGGCGCUGUGGCUAGUGCUGCCUCUGUUCUCACAAACUUAGCCAUGCAGGAGCCCUUACGCCUCACCAUCCAAAGCCAUGGUUUUAUGACUGCCAUUGUAGAACCAUUGAAUUCCACUAACAGCAUUGUGCAGAGCAGAGCAGCUCUUUCUGUGGCUGCUAUGGGCUGUGAUGCUGAGGCCAGAACUGAGUUACGAAAUUCUGGUGGUCUUGAACCUCUUGUUAAGCUUCUGCAUUCUAAGAAUGAUGAAGUCCGAAGAAAUGCUUGUUGGGCUGUUAUGGUUUGUGCAAGUGAUGAGUUAACAGCAGCUGAAAUGACCAGGCUGGGUGCUUUAGAUAUUCUUGAUGAAAUUAACCUCUCUAUUGGUCGCAAAAAUAACUUCAGUGAAGCAGCAUUGGAAAAGAUACUUGAUCACAAUCUUCCACAAAAAUACAGUCAAAUGGGGUUUUUAGCAUCUACUAACAUAAUUUUGGAUGGAUUCUAUGACUAUGGGCAGGUGAAACCUGGUGAAAAACUAUUGUCACUGGAGGAACUCUGUGUUCAGGAGCUUAAUGAUCAUCGUGCUAUAAUUUUAAUAAAUGCUAAACUAUCAGAACUUGAACAACAAGUAAUUUCCAUUCCAGUUGAGGAAAAGCCACAAGAGACCACAGCCUCUCGAAUUGGGGUGUCUGCCAGCAAUAUCAGGAGAUCUAGCAGAAAUAAUUCAUUGGAUGAAAAACCAGACUCACCAGGACGGUCUUCUUCAAUCAGUAAAGGAACCUCUAGAGAGAAAGGAUCAAGGAAGGGAAAAGGGAAAAAAGAAGAAGAAAAACCAAAAGAUGAGGACUUGGAAGCAUCCAUACCUAAAAUAGUUGAAACCCCAGGAAAAGCUUUAUGGAUCCCCCCUUUUGACCCCGUCUUGUAUGAUUAUAUUACUGAGAUUUCCAGAACAAUUCUGCCACUACCAACCAGCAAAGAGCAAGUGGUAGCUCUUGCACAGUUUGUUGCAGAUAGGUUGGGUGGUCCCAUUGAAAGAGACAAUCUACAUGAAUUCAGCUGGGAGCUUCAUAUAAGUGAAAUUGAAUAUGAGCUUAAAUGCAAUGUGGUACCUAUUGGGAAGAUCAGCAAAGGGACCUUCUACCACAGAGCUUUGCUUUUCAAGGUUCUGGCAGACAGAAUUGCUAUUAAUUGCAGCCUAUACCGUGGUGAAUAUAAUAGAGGGUGGAAUGAGGUGAAAUUGGUUGAUGAUUCUCCUUUGGGAAUACCUGGACUUCUGCUUCCCCCUCAAAUAUUUAUUGUGGAUCUCAUGUAUCAGCCAGGCUGUCUCAUGAAAGAAGAAAGUCCAGAGGCAGAUCGUUAUCGACGGAUUUGAUUAUUUUUUCUUAACCUUCUCUGUGUAUGUAUUUACUUGCUUAUUAGCAUUUCAGUUUGUUUAUUAAAAUCCUACAUAUAGGACUUAUUUUCAAAGUUGGGAGUCUAGAUGGGACUUUUAAAAUGUAUUCCUAGAAGUUGGGAGUUUAUUUGUAUUUUACAUUUUUAAAAAGACACGUUGAAUGAAUAAAUAAAUAAAUAAAUACAAUUAUACCUGCAAAGUUAAAACUACAGAGAAGCAAAUGAUUGUUCAAAUUUACAAAGUAAAAUGAGUGACAAUUACUGCAAAAUGUUGCAGUGUAUCCUCAUUUUCUUAAAAAAAACAAAAACCUAUUCCUGAAAGAGUUCUUAAUGUUAUAUAAUGUUGGUCAGGCUUUAAAGUAGACCAUACUAGAUUUUCCUUGCUAUGGUGCUCUCAGUUUUCCACCUCAGGAUUUGGAUAUCCUCUAGUGGAGAUGGGCAACAUUUUGAUAGCUAUAGAUUACACUGAACUAUUUCGGAGGGAUGACGAUGCAAAAUAAUAUUUUCUUUCAAGAGGGGCUUUUUGAUGGGAAUUUGGAUUUUUUUUCCUCUGUGUUAAACCUAUUUUAGAGUGUAUAGCUUUUAAAUAUUUUUCAACUCAAAAUGACAGGAAACUGGAUCACUAAACUCAGAUUUUAAAUGUAGGACCAAUAACAAAAGAAAGAUGGGAUUGCCCCAUCCCAUUUUAUAGCUGUAUAUAAUUGGGAAGUAGAACUAUAUGGCCUGCAGUGCCUUAUCCUAAGGCAGGCAUGUCAAACUACCAGCCCACAGGCCGGAUGCGUCAUGCUGAAACCAUGCCCACCCCAUUGCCAGCAAUGGGGAAAAAGUCACGAUACAUCGUGCGAUGUCAUGUAACGUUGCAAGUUUGACAUGCCUGUUCUAAGGGAUUUAGAGAGUCCUUGGACUCCAUGCUAAAAGCUAUUUUAAAAAAAGAAGUUCUGCCCAAAUUAAACCAAAAGAACUCAGAAAAUGAAAUUAAUAGAUUUUGAUUUUCCCUUUUUCAGAACUAGAAAAUGAAUUAUAUGACACCAACAAAUAAACUAGCAAAUGUUCCUAUCCAGCCCAAGUGUGGUAAUCAGUACUGUUCUCCCAUGAGUCUUCCAGCUACUUUGCAAUAUCACUAGGUAUGCCUGCAAGCAGGGACAAUCAUGGCACCCACACAGUCCUGAUACGUACAAUUCCAUGCUGUUCAUGGCAACCUGUUUCCAUCAAAUCAUCCAGUAGAAAUGAGUGCAGAAGCACAGAGAAUAAAUAAAAUACUUUCUGAAUGUACUUUCUUAUUCAUUAGCUUGUCAAUUACUGACACUGCUUUUUCAUGUUUUUCUUUUGGCAAGCAUGGAUACAGUGUUGAUUUGUGUUUGGAUGGAACAAAAGAGGUGAAUACUGAGCCAAAUAAAAAUGCAGAGGGCAUUGGGAAAUAACAUGAUCUGUGCAUGUGAGAGUCCCUGAUAAUGGGAAUCUGACCAGAACAACGAUUGAUGGAACAGGUUUUAUAAGUGUAUUAAAAAUAAGGUUAAGUUACAGGUAAUAUAUUAUGGAGUUGGCAAAACGUAGCAGAUAGCUGAAUCAAAGUGCAUGUGCUCUGUAUGUGUGAGCUUAAGAAGAAAGGCAGAUUUCAGAUUUGUAGUGUCUUAGACAAACAGCAAGCAAAGUAGUAGACGAACAGCAGAACAAUCUCUGAGCCCUCUUAGACACUCAAUGAGUGCUACACAGGCAGGUGAGAACAUGCCAAGGUGUCCUUUACCAGGUUUUGCUCAUGUAUCUGUGAGAGCUUUCAUGGAAUAGGAAGUUGGCAGCAAUGAACCACACAAUAUCACCAUCCUAUUAUAAAGGGGGAUGUUAAUAAAUUAGGGUGACAUUUAUUUAGUGGAAGUUGCAUCAGUUGCCCAAAAGUCCUCAACUGCAACUUAAAGUACUUAUAAAACUUCACAUGGCCUCAGGGCAAUAAAUAAUAUUUUAAAAAAGAAAUGCCAUUGAUCCAUUUGGUAGGAUCACGAUAUCAAAAUUGCAUGAUGAAUUCCAGGUCCCUUGGGGUUAAGGUGUGGAGAUCACAGAUAAUUAUCUUCAGUUGCAUGUCCUUUAGUUUGGAAAGUUAAGUGUGCAUCCUUACUGUUAGCCUUCCAGAAACUUGUUUAGGGCAUCAGAGGAUUGAGAAAUGGCAUGAUUGCACUAAGUGGUAUUUUUGCAUUUUGCACAUAAUUUAUGAUAUUAUAAUGCAUAUAUUAUGUUUUUAACAGACAAAGAUUAUGUAAUAGAAAAAUAUACUGAUGUAAUAGAAAAUGUUGGCUAUAGUGCAAGGCACUAACUUAUCACACAUAGAUACUGUUCAAUGGUAGCUCUUGAAAUCCAGGAAUCCAGAUUACAUUUUAAUAUGAUUCCAUGUUAUUUUUUCUAUAAUUUUCCAUCUGAUGGGCAAUAUAAGUAUGCAAGGUGAUAAAAUCCAAUAUUGCUAAGACAUAAGUUUAUUUAUUUAGCAUAUGAUAAGAACAUGACAAAGAAAACAUGUACAGACAAUCCACAUAAUUAUAUAUAAAACUUCUAUAGGAGUACAGCAGUGGCCUCAUAACUGGAUAUCCAAUUCAACUAUCCAAGUGAUCACUCUGAUGUUGCUUCAUGCAAAUCUUCUAGGGCAGGGCUUUUCAACCUUUUCAUAGAUUGUACCACUUUUAGGACAUGACAAUAUUUGAGGAGCAUCAGUGCUUAGCAAGGUGCCAAAAAUUUGAUGACUAAAAAAAGGGAGGGGAGA